AUGGAAGGAGCGCCAGAGGAGCUGGCCCCGGACGCGCUGCAGCCGCUGCCGCCGCCGGACGAGGCCGACUGCCCUACGCCGCGACUCGAGCUCGACCCGCCGAAGGGACACGAGUGGGUGCUCAAGGAGGCGCCAGGGCUGGGUCGAGUGAUGCAGCGCACGAGACAUGACAUACGCCUCGAUGAGCGGAACGCCGUGGUGCGGCUUGAGGGCGGCUGGCAGCGCGUGUUGGCGGUGGUGCCCGACGAGAAGGCCGAGCUCGUGAGGAGCGUGCGAGAGGCCUACCGUGGGCGUAAGUUCGAGGAGUGGAUGGAGGAUCGAAAGGGCGUCGAGGUGGCAGACUCCGCUGGGCUGGCUGAGAUCGGCGAGCGCGCAGGUGCCUUGGCGGAGCACCGCGAGCGCGCAGGCGUGCAGGAGGAGGCCGAGGAGGUCAGGGCCCUCUGGGUCGUGAUGGACGAAGCUGGGGAGCGCCAUAAGCCCUGGCGCUCUGUCGCGCGCGAGCUGAGCUUCCACCUCUUCCCAGACUGGCCUUUCGAGGGCCAGCGCUCGCAGACGCUGCGCAUGGCUAAGAGGUUCGAGAGGACUGGCGGGGGCCCGCUCUGGUGGCUGGCGCUGUGGCUUCGGGAGAAGGGCAUCGGUCAGAAUGAGCGCGCGGCGAUCGAGAUGGCCACCCCCCUGGCGGCGGUUCAGCAUGCAGGAUCGUAUGAUCAGUUGAACAUCGCGUCCCUGGCUUCCGUGGAGGUGAUGUGCCGACGAGUGGCCCAGAUCACAGAGGCCUGCCGCGACGACCCCUCGAGGCCCAAGUGGCAGGGCCUGGAGCCAUGCAUGGGCAUCGCUGGGCCGUUGGAGGUCGUCGAUCCAGGUCUGAGGGGCGCGGUUGCCCGCAAGAACAAGGAGAAGGCCGAGAUUGAGAAUGUGGCGAGCAGGCUCAGCGGGCAGCCCGCCUGGAGCCAGCUCGUGGCGGACGCGGCGGAGGGGCUGCCUGGCGGCCCAUCGGGCCCGAAGGGCCCAAAGGGUCCGAAGGGCCCCGAGGCUGGCGGCGGCAGGGGCGGCCUAGACGGCGGCAAGCUGAUCGCAGGGGUGCAUGCGUGCAGUGUCAGAGCGGCUCAGGCCACUCCGGGCAAGGGCGCGAUCCCCCUGCCGCGAGAGGCCUUCCAGUCUCUCCUCAACGGCCGCUCAGGCGACGAAGCUGACGCGUGCGGAAGAAGCAUCGGACACCUCCAGCAUGUGCGGCAGAUCUCUUUGCCCGAGUCAGUCGUGGGCGCGCCUCGCCUGCUCGAGAUUUUGCCCAGUGAUGUACGCCGCUAUCUGGAGAGUGGAUUGAAGCGCAUGCUGCUGUCUGACUCCGAGCGCGAGGCUCGGAUAGCGGAUUCGGGGACUACUCCCCACUGGGACCCCGCCUUUCUUCCAGGCCGCACAAUUUACCUGCUGCUGAUGCGGGAUUUGCGGCACCGUGGCGUUCUUGCGUUCCUGGGCCCAGAUGAGGAUGCUUUUCGCAGACUCAAGAUUGAUCGCGGGCUCUCCGCCUUCUUUUGCUUGCAGCCCGUGCGCGCGAAAGAGUUGGGGCUCGCGGGCAAGAACAUUAAUGGCGUGGUCGUGGGAACCGAGUCCUGGGCGCUUCCUGCGUUUAAGAGCCCCCCGAUGGGCUUCGCCUGGUCGCUCUAUUUCUGCAAGCGCACGGACGAAAACCAUGUCGGAGCCGAGACUUGCGUCCCGUUGUCGCAGUGGCAGAUGCUUCUGAAUACGGAUAGGUUAGACAACUACAAGGACUGCAAGGACGAUGCGAUAGGGGGCGACGACGACGGGAACUUCAGGGAGGUGUCAGGCGAUGCGAAUGACCCGCUGGGCGUCUAUGGGGCCUCGGAGGUUGUCAACCAGCCGCUGCUGACAGAUGCGAUGCCAAACCAGCCGCAGCGCGCCCUGACCGCCGGCCUCGCUCGAGCAGCCUCCAGCCAUGGCAAAUCGGAAGAGCCCAGACGGUCCAGCCGCAUCCUUGCGGCUCCUGGAGGGCUGCCGAACUUCGGCGCGAAGUUGAAGGCCAGCGGCCCCGCGGCAGAUCCAUGGCCGAGCAAGAGGUGGCGCUUUGGACCUCCCGCAGGUGCCCACGAACGCCUUGGUGCCACAGCGAGUCAGCCGAUGGGCCAGCUGAUGCGCCUGGAGGAUCCGUUCCCCGACCAGCCUGCCGACUACCACCUCCCGAACUCCGACGAGGAGAGCGAGAGCUCGACGGAGCCUGUUGGCCUUUCUGCGGAGCGGAAACUCAAGGUUCUCAUCAGGCGACGCCGUCGAAUGAUUGCCAAGUCAGCUGUCUCGAGGCGCCCGGGCGAGGUCACUUUCCUGGAACAUGCCAACGCCAGGGAGGCGACAGACAGGAACUACAGGAACGCCAUCCGCGACUUCUGGGAGAGAGCCCCCGACGCCGCAAGGCAGCGAGGCGGGGGUGUCGCGGUAGACGGCGAGGUGAACAGGUAUCUCAGCGAGGAGUUCGCCGCGGGCAAGGGAGUCCGGCGCGGCGAGACCCUCAUGGCUGCGCCCGUCCACUUCUUCCCAGCCUUCGGGAAGCACGGCAACCGCAAGCUCCCUCGCUCCUGGCGCGCCCUCCGGGGCUGGAGGCGCCUCAGUGGCUUCAAGACUCGGGGCCCCGUGGUGAGUAUCAUAUGGAGCGCGGUCGCAUCCGACUUGUGUUAUCGCGGCAACUGGCAGAUGGCGCUCCAGAUCGUUUGGAUGGUGGUCGACUAUCACAGACCAUCAGAGCCGCUGACUGUUCGCAGGGAGGACCUCGUCCGCCCGACUCGAGGUGCCGCCCUGCAGCUCGCGCUGGCACCUCUGCCCUCGCUUCCGGCCGAGCAUCUCGAGGCGCAUUUGCUGUGCUGA